AUGCCCUCCAAAAGAAGGAACGAGAAGUCGUCGGUGUUGGACGACGACGAGAACGCGAAUAAGACGACGAAUAAGACCAACAACAUCUCUAAGAAGGCGAAAGUGAUGAUGAUUUCGAAGCAAAGGGAUGGAGGAGGAAAAGGAGGAGGUACGAACGCGAAAACAACGGAGAGCAAUGUCAACGCUUUGACCACGGACGCGUUAAACGCGUCUUGCUUCACCCUCCGGAAAGCCAGGAAUAAAAAAACGAGAGAAAAAGCGCUCACCUUGUCCGCGCAGAAGAGUUUCCGGAAAGUUGGUUUAGACGAGGACACGAGUUCCGUGGAAGAGAGGAAACAAGCCAUGGGCGAGUGCUGGAGGAAAAUCAACCGGAAGUUUGAAAGCGUGUUAAGAGAAGCAAACUUAGAGGCGUUCUCGAAAAUCCAAGAGUACGUGGAAGAGACGUUUCGGAAACGCUUGGAGGAUUCGGAAACGUUCGGGAUGAUGAAUGAGGAUGAUGACGAUUCAGACGAGGAGGAGGAGGAGGACGAGGACGACGGCAACGAGAACAACAUUAUUCGACGAAACAAAGAAGAUGAUAAGAAGAAUAAAGGUAGAAGAAGAAGUAGGUUACCGCCUCACUUUGCGGAAUCUCUGCCGACGGGUUUAGUCCUAGCCGGGGGCGUAAACGCGGACGAUCACGAGGAGACGUUUGCGUCGCUGGCAAAAUUUUUAGCCAAGAGCGAUUUUCACUGCGCGUUGUUGCAAUCGAAAGACGUCAAGACGAGGAAGAGCGGGUUUGGCGGUGGUAUUGGUGGCGGUGGGAUGAACAACUCGAGCGGUGGGUCGACGACGUUCGCGUCGUCGGCGGCGUCGAGAGGGAUUUUAGGGGAUUGCGUGUCGCUCGUGGCGAGACAGUUAGAGAGUAGAAACGCGGCGCCGGGCGGCGUUUCCUUGGAGGAUUUUUUGAAUCCGCGGGAACAUCAUCUCGGCGGCGGAGGUUCGACGCAAACGGCGGCGAGUAGUGGUGGUAGUGGAGUAAAAACAGUUAGGCACAUAGCGAGGUGGUACGAGUCCACCUUAGUCGGCGGCCCGGAGCAGCAGCAGCAGCAGCAGGAGCAUAACAACAACAACGAAACAACAAACGAGAACAAUAACAACGCCAACGGCAUGAACACGAGAGAUAAAAACACUGAAAAACCGUCGUACAGUUUACGUCGCGAACGCGUGGAAACGCUGCCAAAAAUUCUCGGUCGCCCGCGUCCGGUGGUCGUUUUAGUCUCGGACGUCGAAGGCUUUCAAGGGUCGUCCGCUUUGAGCGAUUUACUCGCCUCUUUCUCCUCCUUCCACCGCGACGUGCCGUUUAUCUUAUUGUUGGGUAUUGCCACCAACACGAGCGCUUUGCAGCGGUCGAUACCGUCCGAAACCGCUUCCAAACUGCGACCGAAAGUCUUCAAACUCUUUGCGCCAACUGACGCCUCGCGAGAAAUUCGAGAAAAAAUCUUCCUCGAUCCAACCUUGUACCCGGCUUUAGGUAACGACGCGUUGACGUACUUGCACACGAGAUUCAUGGAGCACGAUUUCUCGUUGACCACCAUGCGGAGGUCGGUAAAAGUUUUAUACUUGAAUCACUUCGCCACGGAGCGGUUGUCCUACGUGAACAAGAUUUUGAACGAGAGAGACUACAGCGCGGAUACGACGAAGCAUAUAUCGAAUGGAGAAGGACCAAGAGAGACCCGCGAAUUACUGCGUGAAAGCGAAAAAUUGUAUUCCAACGGUAGCGAAGAGGCGUUGAAGUGGUACUUGGAACGGUUUUGCGGGUUGAUAUUGAGCAGAAAAGAUCAAAAGAGCGUCGAGAUGUUGAAAGAACUGUUCUUAAACUCCGGAAUUCGAGGGCACGGCGAGGAAGAAGGAAAAGAAGAAGAACAAGAGAAGGAAGAUAAAGGCGGCGCUAAAGGCAAAACGAACGAUGAUAUCUUCAACGCGUUCACGGAAAAUAUGUUACAGGUUGGAGAAAAUCGAAAGAAAUUCGCGAUUGGUCUGGACGUUUUAUCGUUGAUUUCGAGACGCGUCGGGUACCAGCGGUGGUCGAGAACGGCGGAUGUUUUACUAGACUGCGCGUUUCCGAGUUUUUUCUUCGUUUCAAAGAAAAAGCAGCAGCAGAAGAACAGCGCGAUGACGGCGGCGAAUGCGCGCGAACACCAACAACAGGAACAACAAGAACAACAAGAAAAAUCGACGACGACGAAAAAAGCGUUUGUGACUGAAGGCGAGAAGAUUCUUCGGCUUUUAUCUUCCAGAGUGGAACGCGCGGUGAGAGCAGGGGUGAGCGAUGUAAAGAAUAAUAACGAGAUAACGACGGCAGCGCCGAUGGUGGCGACGGCGGCAUCAUCAUCAUCUGCUAUAACAACGCUAUCGUUGAAGGAUUUGUGCCGAGACUGCGCGAAAGUGUGCGAGGGACACGAGGAAAUACGCGCCAACGAAGGCGCUCAAUUUUCGAAGCUCUUAGCGCGUUUGGAGAAAGAAGAGAAUGUGACAACGACGACGAAUGUGACAACGGCGACGACAUCAUCAUCAUUAACACCGGUGCAAACUUUCGAGCAAAUUGUUCGCUCGGUAGUCAAAAACUACGCGAGUAAACCUCCAGAAUCAUUACCGGGCAAGAAAAUAUUCUGCGUCACCUCCGCCGACGCCGCUCGAGAAACCUUUUCGGCGGCGCCGAGAAUGGCUCUCGAAACUGCCUUAUCCAACCCAUCCGAAGCGUUGGAGUGUCAGUGCUGUCCGAAAUCGGGAGAGAUUUCCGCCUCCUUACCGGACCCGUGUUUAUGUUACAAAUUGUUGGAAAAUUUUGGCGGCGAAAGCGCCAACGCGUUUGAGCUCUUUCGUCGGUUCAUCAUGGAGCACCGAGACACGAGCGACGAAGAGUUGGGACUGUUGUUGAAAGAAGACCAAGACAAGAUGAAGAAAAAGAAGAGGACGAAACGAGGAGAGAAGGAAGAAGAAGAGGAUGUUGAAGCACCUCCUCCCCCUCCGACGAAUUCUAAGAAAAAGCAGAAACACACGUUCGGUUUGGACAAGCGUAAAGUCUGGGCGUUGCAAGCGCGUUUCACGCGAGCCUGCUCAGAAUUGGAAUUUUUAGGCAUGGCCAGCGCGAGGAGGCACAAGAAAGUAGAGUUUCUAGUCCGAACGGCGUUCCCGUUAGACUUUGCGAGUAAAUAA